AUGUCUGGGUCUUCCCUCAUUAACUUUACCCCAGCCACUGAUGCCAGUGAUCUGUGGAAAGAUGGGCAGCUGCAGUCACAGCCUGAAGAGCCAGAGCCCACCCUGGAUGGGGCUGCAGCCCGGGCUUUCUACGAAGCCUUGAUUGAAGAUGAGAGCAGCACCCCUGAAACCCAAAGAGCUCAGCCUGGGCCUGCCAGUGAGAGAAAGAGAAAGAAAAGAAGAAUGAUGAGGGAGACUGCAGCAGGAGCAUCAGGAGGACAUGGACAAAGGAGAUCCCUUGAGGCAAAGGACAAGAUGACGCAGCAGAUACUGAGGGCAGCCCAGGACGGGGACCUGGCAAAACUAAAAAGGCUGUUGGAUCCCCAUGAGGCAGGGGGAGCUGGAGGGAAUAUCAACGCUCGGGAUGCUUUCUGGUGGACCCCGCUGAUGUGUGCUGCCCGAGCAGGCCAGGGGGAAGCUGUGCGCUAUCUCCUGGGCCGUGGGGCUGCCUGGGUAGGGGUCUGUGAGCUGGGGGGCAGAGAUGCUGCUCAGUUGGCUGAAGAAGCAGGUUUCCCUGAGGUGGCCCGCAUGGUCAGAGAGAGCCCUGGAGAGACAAGGAGUUCAGAGAACCGGUCCCGAUCCCCCUCACCCCAGUACUGUGAGACUUGUGAUGCCCACUUUCAAGACUCUAACCACUAUACAUCCACUGCUCACCUCCUGUCACUGUCCCGGGAUCUCCGGCCCCCCAUCCUGCCACUUGGGGUUCCUACCUCCAGCCCAGGCUUCAAGCUGCUGCUGAGGGGGGGCUGGGAGCCUGGAAUGGGGCUAGGACCCCGGGGUGAGGGCCGUGCCAACCCUAUCCCCACUGUCCUCAAGAGGGACCAGGAGGGGUUAGGCUACAGAUCAGCACCUCAGCCCCGAGUUACACAUUUCCCAGCUCGGGAUACACGGGCAGUGGCUGGGAGGGAGAGAGCCCCUAGGGUGACCACACUGAACCGCAAGGAGGAGAGAAGGCAGGAAGAGAAGGACAAGGCCUGGGAGCGGGAUCUGCGGACAUACAUGAACCUCGAGUUCUGA